AUCCUGAUCCCUGGGAGUGAGAAAGGGAACGGUCGAUCCUUUCGAUCCGACCGAGAUACCCGCUCUCAAAUCUCAGGGCAUUUCCCCCUUUUCCACCUUAUUCUCGCCUCUAGGGUUCGGGCCGGGUAGGAGAAAAGGGCGGGGAGUUGGAAUGGCGAGCGCGGUGGAUCCGGUGGGGAAUCCGAUCCCGACGUCGGCGGUGCUGAUGGCGUCGUCCAAGCGCAUCGGUGCCCGGUGCCGGUCGGAGAACGCGGCCUUUCUCAACUGCAAGAAGAACGACCCCAACCCGGAAAAAUGCCUCGUUCAGGGCCGGGAGGUCACUCACUGCGUCCUCAAUCUGCUGAAAGGGCUUCACCAAAGGUGCUCGAAGGAAAUGGAUGCUUAUGCUGGUUGUAUGUACUACCAUACCAAUGAGUUCGACUUGUGCCGAAAGGAGCAACAAGAAUUCGAGAAGGCGUGCUCGUGGUCUGAGUAGUCAUUGAAGAUGCUCUCUCCUGAUUGUGUGAAUAAUAUGAAGAGAAAUGGAAGCUUAUGUUCUUCAUAUCUUCUCUUUUCUGGCAGAGCUGUCUUUCAAAGGUGGGAAGUUUUCCUGCAGGAUUUAGAGUAUGGGAAUUUGCAAGAGCAAAUAAUGUGUCAUAUCAAACAGUUGCUGUUGAAAUUUGUGAUGCAUUGAGAUUUUCCUCCAUGUGGAACAUAUUAGGUCUCAUGAACAGAUGUGGUCAUUCUAUAAUAUCAGAGGGAUCUCUUAUCCUGUGAAAGCGUCUGAGGCAAUGGAUGAGCAGAUAUAUAAGGCCAAUCGCAUAAGAGCUAAUAAAUCCA